AUGCCCUCCCUCCACCAUCUACCACAGAUCAGCGCCACCCUACGCCUCAUCGUGCCCCUAUUCCUGCUGCUCCGAAUGGCCAGUGGUCUCUGCGGCUGGCUGGAUCACCAGACGUGUGAUGAAUUAUGCAAGGGUGACUCGUUCUGGUACGGCCACUGCGCCGGCUGGGACGGCCAGGACUUUAGCUGCAAAUGUUAUGAGUACAAGGCACCGCUGGAUGGGGAUAGAUGCCGGGAGAAGCAGCAGAAAUGCAAUAAGAUGUGUAUAAAACAGGGCAUGGAGGGCGGCUUUUGCUAUCCACAGCGUGAUACCGAGACGACGAAGAACCGCACGGCCUGCGAGUGCUUCAAGCCGUUGCCCCAGUUCCGGCGGCGUCGAUCCCCUCGGCGAGCUGCUGGCGCAAUAAAUAUUUGUGAACAACCCCAAAAUCACAAUAAUUUGCAUAGAUUUUUGGGCUUUUUUGAAAUUUAU